AUGCAGAUCUUCAUCAAGACGCCGACGGGGAAGACCACCACCCUGAAGGUCGAGAGCAGCUACACCGUCGACGAUGUCAAGUCCAAGAUCCAAGAUAAGGAAAGAAUCUCGCCGGACCAGCAGCGUCUCGUCUACGCGGGGAAGCAGCUGCCGGACGGCCGUACCUUGGCCGACCACGGUGUCCACAAGGAGUCCACGAUCCACCUCGUGCUACGCCUCGGCGGAGGCUGGAUGCAGAUCUUCGUCAAGAUGCCGGCGGGGAAGACCGUCACCCUGGAGGUCGAGAGCAUCUACACUGUCGACAAUGUCAAGGCCAAGAUCCAUAGCGAGGAAGGCGUCUCGCCGGAGCAGCAGCGCCUCAUCUUCGCGGGGAAGCAGCUGGACGACGGCUGCAGCCUAGCCGAUUACGAUAUCCAGAAGGACUCCACCCUCCACCUCCUGCUUCAGCUCCGCGGGGGCAACAUGUGGUUCGAGCCCAGUCUGAGAACCCUCGCAGAAAAGUACAACUCAGACAAGAAGAUCUGCUGCAAGUGCUAUGCUCGGCUAUCUCUCAGAGCUACAAACUGUCGCAAGAAGAAGUGCGGCCACAGCAACCAGCUGAGGCUAAAGAAGAACAACUGGUACAGGAGAUGGAGGCACUGA